AUGGAGACUGUUGGCGUCCUCGCAAACGUCAUAGCCGUCGUUGAUCUCUCCGUCAAACUCGGAAUUGUCUGUGGCGAAUACAUAAGCAAAGCACGCAAUGCGAAAGAGGACAUCCGAAAGCUCAAGGAGGAGAGCGAUGCUCUUGCUCGGAUUAUUGGCCAGAUCCAAGAUCUUCUGGGGGAUAAAAGCACGGAAAAGAGCCACAGAAGGCAGCUCAACGCCUCUAAAACGUUUCAUCAGGAUGUAGAACGAUGCGAGAAGAUGCUAUUCGAGUUGACAGAGAGACUCGACCCGGGCAAGAAUCCCAGCCGGAUGAGAAUUAUCGGAAAAUCACUCAAAUGGCCGUUCACAAGCACUGAAGUGUCUCAGAACAUUGAAAGUUUACGCCACUGGAGGGACUGUUUCUUAGCAGCUUUACAGGUGGAUCACAUGCAUCUCGCGCUUCAGCGUGAAGACAUACAGGACAUCAAAAGUCUUCCCAGUGCCCCGGGCGCCGCUUUCGAUUCUUACGAUAAUGGGUCAACGCGAGUUUGUCAUCACGAUACAAGAAAAGACCUCCUUCGCGACGUUUUGGAGUGGGCGGACGACCCGGACGGAAGGUGCAUCUUCUGGUUGCGCGGCCCAGCGGGCACUGGCAAAUCCACCAUAUCAAAGACAGUUGCACAGAUGUUUGCCGACAGAGGUCAACUUGCUGCAAGCUUCUUCUUCAACAGAACUCGAGAGGGCCGUAACACGGCCAAACUGUUCGUUACCACAGUCGCAAGACAAAUCGCUGGAAGGGUUCCAACUCUCAAGAAUCUUGUCCUAAGAGCCAUCAAUGAAGACCAGGACUUGCCGGACAAGUCCCUGGAGGCUCAAUUCUCCAAGCUGAUACUGGAGCCGUUUAGCCGUGUCGAGCUAUCCGGCGUCACCUUUCCUACCCUAAUUCUGGUUGUCGAUGCUUUGGACGAGUGCGGUUUCGAGCAUCGUUCACAAGUCGAUGAGAGUCUGGAAAGCAGCCGACUAAUCAUCAAAAUGCUUUCCAGACUAGCUACAGUAUGCAACAUCAAUGCUAGAAUCUUCUUGACUAGUCGACCCGAGGUUCCCAUUCGGCUGGGGUUCCUGGAAGAUGUGCCAACCGGUUCUCAUCAAGACGUGGCACUACACGACAUACCCGAGCCCAUCAUCGAACACGACAUUCGGGCAUUCAUAGAAAGUGAAUUAGAGGCUAUCCGUGUGUCUCAUGCAAUUACUCAAGACUGGCCCGGUGACGAUGUGGUGACACAGCUCGUCAAAGCCUCUGUUCCACUUUUCAUCUACGCAUCAACCAUUUGUAAAUUCAUCGACGACAGAAGACGAAGAUUUAGGCCUCAAGCACAGUUAGAAAAGGUCCUGCGUCAAAGCGAAGGAUUCCGGACUGGUAUUGAAAUCACAUACAGGCCAAUUCUGGAUCAACUGGCAGAGGAUCUAGAAGAAUUCGAACGCAAGGAGCUACUCGCGCGGUUUCGCAAGGUCGUGGGCGCCAUCAUAUUAUUAGCGGAUCCACUCUCAAUCACUUCCCUUGGAGCGCUCUUGGGUAUCGAGAAUGACGAGAUCCGCUACCUAUUGAACAGCCUCCAUUCCGUCCUGGAUGUGCCUGAGGAUGACCAGCCGGAACACUCAGUCAGGCUCUUCCAUUUGUCAUUCCGAGAGUAUUUGUUACAGCCCCACUCCAGCGCGGAUCAAACUUUCUGGGUCGACGAAAAGUCUACACACAAGGACCUUUUCGCCUGCUGCUUGCAAGUUAUGGGCGACCAAUCCGGCUCUGGGUUGAGAAACGACCUUUGCCGGCUGGAUGACCCGGGAGUACGAAGAGACGAGAUCCCUCGCGAAAGGAUAUACCAACACAUCCCUCGGUCUCUCGAAUACGCAUGUCGCUACUGGGUCAUGCACCUCAGAGAGUCUGGUAGUGGGAUACAUGUCCGGGAUGCCCAUGAGUUCCUUACACGAUAUCUGCUCUAUUGGUUUGAAGCAAUGAGUUGGAUGAAUCUCCUUCACCAGGCACCCCGAGAUUUGCUAACUCUCGAAGACAUGUUCUCCAGCCAAGGGAGUAGCAUACAGUCAGAAGCCUUGCUAUUUCUGAGAGAUGCCCGGCGUUUCCUUGCCGAAAACGAGCACGCGAUCAAUCUCGCACCCUACCAAGUUUAUGUGUCCGCCUUGAUCUUCGCACCCAAGGCUUCGUUGGUUAAACAAAAGUUUCGAUGCGAGAUUCCAGGCUGGAUCGUCAAGAUGCCCGAAGUUGCCGAAAACUGGGAUGUGACGAGCCGAACUAUUCACCAGUACAAGUCACCCGUCCAAAACGUAGUAUGGUCUCAUGACGGACAAUACAUUGCCGUCGUCACCUUUGAUGAGGUUGACAUCUGGAAUGUGACUUCUGGAGUUUUGUUGGAAAGGAAUACUGACAUGAGGCACAUCAAUUGUAUCACUUUCACAAAUCGUGGCAUGCUUAUCAUUGGUCUCAGUUUUGAUGGCAUCCUCCUGUGGGAUUGGGUGGCGGGCCUAAAAACCACGUUUUCCAUUGGAAACGGUUUCUCUGAAGUUCUUACCGUGUCGGCAGCAACAACUGGCAAAGUCUCGUGUUUACUGAGCGAUGGGAACGUUUAUCUGAUGAGCGAGACCUUUGAUAUCAUUCACACUUGGUAUACCUGCUGGCAACCCUCUGCGGGAGAUACGAAAAGAACGCGCUCGAAUCUUCACCUUCAUUACCUGGGCCGAGUUCAUUUCACGCACAACGGGAAGAUCCUGACUGUAAUCGACAACGAGCAGUCAAAUUCUAUUCAUGUCCACGAUGCGGAGUCAGGCGCGCUCAUCCAAAGUCUUUCAGCCCCAGAAGGACAGAUGUUCUAUGAGGUCACAGCGUCCGACGAAGGCCUUCUAUUGGCAACGGCUGGUUCAGGUUCGCCUCUAGGAGAACGGUCCGACUGGGAUGAUGUUGUCAUGGAGGCCUUCAUUUGGGAUUUGAACGGAACGAACGCUUCAGCAUCGCAUUCUUCGCCACGUGUAAUCAGCUCAGUCCACUGCCAAAGGCCGACAAUUAACCAGCAUGGUCUUUUAGCAUACACUGGCGACUAUUCGUAUCUCAAAAUAUGGAAUGUUUUGAAAGAUCCACCAGAAUUAGUCCACACAUUGGACUAUGGCACAUGUGUUUCCUUUUCCCCGGAUGGACAGCACCUUAUUGCAGAAUUUAAUGCAGUAAAGAUCAUAUACACCAACGCCCUGGGCUUUGUCAAGCACGCUUCAAAUUGUACCACGGACAUUGACGAUAGUGUUGAUAUGAAUCGACAAUCUCUGUCCCCGGAUGGUCUGCGAUUAGCUGUCGUAUCAUCGCGCGGCAAAGUUACAUUGUGGCACGUUGGUAGCGAGAACGAGGAAAUGGGAUCCGAAGUUGCGAUUCUUGACACACCAUGGGUGGUUCCAACCAAGCCCACCAUCCGGCUAUAUUGA